AUGCGAAUAAGAGAUCUCUACAAGGUCGAGACUCUCGACACGCGGUUUGCCGGCACUGGACAGCCUUUGGCUACAGCAGAACCAUCAAAAUGGAGAUCACUGGAGUUCGUUCCCUACUACAUUGCCUUCUUGACCAUAGUCCCGGUUAUGUUCAAAUCGGUAUAUGAUGUUUCAAUUCCAAGCCAUCCGAGCUAUAAACAUUAUGAGGGUCUUCUUGAACCAGGCUGGAUUCCAGGACGAAAGGUCGACAACUCGGACUCCCAAUACUCUGGCUUUCGAGACAAUAUACCUUACAUGGGUCUGGUGCUGAUACUUCACCCACUGCUCAGAAAAGCUUAUGAAUCCUUGCGAGGAGGCAGCUCGGCAGCGCAUGUCAAUGGGUCGGCAAAGCCAUCAGAGGGAAUUAAAUCGGAUACCGCAGAUGCCAGACUUGAAUCACGCAUUCGCUUCGAUGUAGGCUUUGCUCUGAUAUUCAUCACAGCGCUACAUGGAGUAUCAGCCCUCAAGGUUCUUACCAUUCUCUAUCUUAAUUACCAAAUAGCCACAGCACUGCCCAAGCAGUACGUUGCCGUCUCGACUUGGAUCUUCAAUAUCGGAGUCCUCUUUGCCAAUGAGCUGUGCCAUGGUUACAAGUUCGCCGACAUUGCAACAGUCACCUUGCCGCCCACGGCUAAAGGUGCCGAGACACCUGUUGGAGAUAAUUGGGGUUCGUGGAUUGAUGGAUUUGGUGGGCUUAUCCCACGCUGGGAGAUUCUCUUCAAUAUCACUGUGCUUCGCCUCAUCGCAUUCAACUUCGAUCAUCUGUGGAUGCUAGAUCGCAGAGCAAGCUCUCCCAUCGAAAAGAAGGGACUAGAUCCUGCAAACUUGUCAGAGCGAGAACGAACGUCAGCUGGAGCCAAGCCAGCCGAUUUCACUUUCCGGAAUUAUCUUGCAUACGUCCUAUACUCUCCUCUCUACCUCACUGGGCCUAUCAUCAACUUCAACGAAUACAUCAGUCAGUCUCGCUACCCACUCUCAUCGACAUCAAGAGAUCGCAUCGUACCUUAUGCAAUCCGCUUCUUCUUGUGCCUCCUUUGCAUGGAGCUAGUCCUACAUUAUCUGUACGCCGUCGCCAUCAGCAAGUCAAAUCCAGACUGGAAUGUCUUUACGCCUUUCCAGCUCAGCAUGCUCGGCUACUUUAAUCUUCACAUCAUCUGGCUGAAGCUCCUCCUGCCAUGGCGCUUCUUCCGCCUUUGGUCCCUCGUCGAUGGCAUCGAUCCUCCCGAAAAUAUGGUGCGGUGCAUGUCCGACAACUACUCAGCGCUAGCAUUCUGGCGUGGCUGGCAUAGAUCUUUCAACCGGUUCGUGGUACGCUACAUCUACGUGCCGCUUGGUGGAUCAGGCAAAAGCAAGUUUCACGGCAUUGCGAAUUUCUUGGCGGUCUUCACAUUCGUGGCGCUUUGGCACGAUAUCAAUCUUCGGCUUUUGAUGUGGGGCUGGCUCAUCACCCUUUUCGUUCUGCCAGAGCUUAUUGCGACGCUGACGUUUCCUGCGAGGAAAUGGAAGGACAGGCCGAAUACUUACAGAGUUCUCUGCGGUGUUGGUGCUGUUGGUAAUAUUCUCAUGAUGAUGGCCGCAAAUCUGGUUGGCUUUGCAGUCGGCCUUGAUGGUCUCAAGGGGUUGGUAAAUGGCAUCGUGGGCAGCAUGGGAGGUCGCAUUUUCUUGGUGGCAGCGUGUGCGACGCUCUUUGUCGGCGUGCAGGUCAUGUUUGAAGUGCGACAAGCAGAGAAAAGAAGAGGUGUAAAUAUGAAGUGCUAA